GGCAGUCAGCAACGAACUGCCUUUGCUCUCACCUUCCGUCUCGUCUCGUCCGGUUGAAUCUAAACAUCAGGUGAAAGAAGCACAUGAAUCAAGUGUGUUUUAUUUUUUCUCUCCAAUGGUUAUAUAUGAAGAGAAUGCUGUGGAAUGCUGCUAUUUGGGUUCCGGGCAAACAAGCUGCCCUACUGUCACCCAGCAGCAGCAGCGCAUGAGAGAGGCUCGAGGACGGACUCCUCCCCACCUACCCGUGACACUUUCAAGACAGCGCUGAGAAAGGAUAGCAGCCUUUUUCGGCCAGUCUGCGAACAGAGCAGUGAGACAGAGUUACGUAUAAACGUCUUCACUGCAGCCGGGGGUUGCUAUAUGGCUUUCCAAAGUUCCAUCUCUGAAAACGUUGACAUGUGACAGACUCGAGCUAAAGCGCGACAUUGCUUCUUUUCGUUUCUCAUUAUUGGACUUGGACCUACCCUCUGCGCUGUUGAUUCCCAGCGAACAGUCCUGACACGGAUCCAGCUCAGCGCAUGCCAUGACCUUACAGAGACUGCUGUAUUAGAUGGUCAUUCUAAUCAACGUUUUAUACAUCUGACUGCAUGUAUUAAUAUCCCUUUUUGUACAUUUGUGUGAAAAAGUGUCUAACCAAGGAGUGAUUUGUACGUAUCCUGGAGCCGUCAAAGCUGACGUCCCAUGAACACAUAAAACUGGACCCGGACACUGAACCUGAGCGAGAUGCACUACACACAGCGACACUAGCAUUUGAUAACUUCACCUGCUACCGUCGUCCAUUCAUUUGAACCAAGUGACCAGCAAGGCGUCAGCUAUAUCGCAGGUUGCGCUAUCAAAGCCCUUCGCACGUAGGGGUGUAGGAGACAGCGAUAUUCUGUUGUAUUGAAUUGUCCUGCCUAUUUCUGUCAUCCAUAAACUGCGACAGAGGAAAGAAAAGGCACACAAAUGUAAACGAAAGAAGGCAUCUCUCUAGCUGAAGUGUACCUAGAACUGACAGAUCGUGCAGUCACCCCGCAUCGAAGAGGAAUACGUGCCGAACUUUGCUGUUGUGAUGUUGAAAGUGGAGAUGGUGCUAUUUGUCUUUCUGGUGCUAUGGAUGUGUGUAUUCAGCCAGGAGCCCAGCUCCAAGGUGGUGGCCGACCGSUAUGCCGUCUUCUGGAACCGAACCAACCCCAGGUUCCACCGUGGAGACUACCACAUUGACGUGUGUAUAAACGACUACCUGGAUGUGUUCUGUCCCCACUAUGAAGACACGGUGCCGGAGGAGCGGACGGAGCGUUACGUCCUCUACAUGGUCAACUACGACGGCUACAGUACGUGUGACCACACCGCCAAGGGCUUCAAACGCUGGGAGUGUAACAGGCCUCACUCCCCCAACGGACCACUCAAGUUCUCCGAGAAGUUCCAACUCUUCACCCCCUUCUCUCUGGGCUUCGAGUUCAGACCGGGCAGAGAGUACUACUAUAUCUCCUCCACCAUCGCCGAGAACGGACGAAGAACAUGCCUGAAACUCAAAGUCUUUGUCCGACCAUCAAACAGCUGUGUGAAAACUAUAGGUGUACAUGACCGUGUUUUUGACGUAAACGACAAAGUAGACAAUUCAUUAGAACCCCGAGCCCCACCCCCAGUGCCUCUCAUUUAA